GCUGUCGCAUCUUUUGUAGACCUGGUACAGUUUGUUUCUGAAUAGAGCCGGAGCUGAGCACUGGAAAAAUGGUCGACAAAUUUGUGGGGACGUGGAAAAUACUUGAGAGCGACAAAUUCGACGAGUAUAUGAAGGCUUUGGGUGUGGGUUUCGCGACCCGCCAGAUGGGGAAUAUGGCCAAGCCUAACUUGCUGUUCAGCGUGGAAGGCGACGUUAUCUGUAUGAAAUCCCAGAGCACUUUCAAAACCACCGAGGUCAAGUUCAAACUAGGAGAGGAAUUUGAAGAAACAACUGCAGACGACAGAAAAACCAAGACCACGAUUACUUUGGAAAACGGGAAGCUUGUGCAGAAACAGUGUUGGGACGGCAAACAAACCAUGAUCGAAAGAGAAGUGAUCGACGGAAAAUUGAUCGCGAAGUGCAUCAUGGGAGAUGUUGUGGCGGUAAGGAAAUAUGAGAAAGAAGCUUAACCGUAUUCAGCUACCGAGGAGGCUGGAUUUUGAAGACACACCGGCUCAGUUCAAUGAGCAAAAGGCUAAUACACUGCUCUCUUCCUGCUCAUUUUUGUAACACCAAAAUAGUCGCAUCAUACCAAUGUAUUUUUGUUUUGAGAAGUGGUGCAUUCAGUAUUAAUUGCCGUGAUUCUUAAAUAAAACUUAAAAUGUA